GCGCGCGUCUCCAACAUGACGCUAGGGACGAUGACGUUGCGGAGGGCGGAGACUCCUGCUCCGGUAGUGGAGGACUUCUCCAAAUCGCAGCUAUGAUAGGGAACCGGAGGAGAUGCGCGGUAUAUGAAUUUACAUAUAAGGCCUGGAGAACAAGGAUGGACUAUACUUCCUAAGGGUCAGCCCCGAACUCCGCCCCAAGCAUCAUGGCCGAGGAAGCAGCCGAUGUUGAUAUUGAUAUAGAGGGAGAUAUAAAUGAAUCCAGCAAGAGUAUUUAUGACAGCCUUAAUACUGGAUUUGCUCCCGAGCACUACAUUGAAUCUGCGUGGCAAAAUGAAGAAGGCCUUGCUCCAUGGGCAUUGGACAGUUCAAUCAGCGAAGAAAACAGAGAAGCAAUUAAGAAAAUGUUGCUUGAGGAAGAAUAUUAUCUAUCUAACAAGCCACUAGCAGUAAAGUUUUGGUCAGAUUCACAAGAAGGAGAGAAGCAAUGUAUCAAAAGUAGUCCCCAAAAGAAAAUCCCUAAAGUAACGGUACGAUCCCCUGCUAAGGCUAGCAGUAGCCCAGUGAAAUGGACUAAAGAAGAAAAAAAUCUCUUUGAGCAGGGACUGGCUACAUUUGGCAGGAGAUGGACAAGUAUUGCAAGGCUGAUUGGGAGUCGAAGUGUAUUACAAGUAAAAAACUAUGCAAGGCACUAUUUUAAAAAUAAGUGCAAGCUAGAGGGUUUUGUCAAAGAGGAGGCAAAGAUUGGAAGUCUUCAGAUACCUAAUCUCCAGGACUAUGAAAAUGAACCUGACAUAACAGAUGAACCCACAACAUUCCGAGGACGAGCCGACCCAAACCUAAAUGCUAUCAAGAUUGAAAAGCUGUCUGAUGAUGAAGAGAUAGACAUAACAGAUGAGGUGGAUGAACUGCUCAGUAAUAAGACAAAUCUUGAUACUAUCAUAAUUGCUAAAACAGAUAAAGUUAAAGAGACUAAAGUAGAAACAGAGGUACAACAAAAAAGUCAUAGCACAACAGAACAUUCCCAGACUGAUAUUCCCAAACUUGUGCUGCAACAAACAGAAACUGAAUGCUUGGAUUCUGUAAAUCCAUUAACUUGUAUAACCUCCCCAAAAUGGACAUUGUCGCCUCAGCAAUGCGAAGAGGAUGAUUAUGAUCAACCAGAUGUACAAGAUUGUUUACAAGAGAAAUGCCUCUCUCCUCAUGCAGAAGAUCUAACUGUAUUGUGUGAGAAUGAAAAUGAUUCUCAGGAUGAAGAUGAUGAGAUAAAGCCACCAGACCAAGAGCUAGAAAUAGACAGAAAUUUCAUUCUAGAUGAAGAAAAACAAGCAAUCCCAGAGUUUUUUGAAGGUAGACAAGCAAAAACUCCAGAUCGUUAUUUGAGGAUCCGUAAUUACAUUUUGGAUCAAUGGGAAAACUGUAAACCCAAAUAUUUGAAUAAAACCUCAGUUCGCCCGGGUUUAAAGAACUGCGGUGACGUGAACUGCAUUGGACGCAUACACACUUACUUGGAAUUAAUUGGUGCAAUUAACUUUGGAUGUGAGCAAGCUAUCUAUAAUAGACCUCGACCAGUAGAUAAAACAAAGUGCAAGGAAGGAAAAGACACUUUGGAAGCAUACAAAUUAGCACACCGUCUGCAGUCUAUGCGCACCAGAAAGAGGCGUGUCAGAGAUCCCUGGGGAAACUGGUGUGAUGCAAAAGAUCUCGAGGGACAGACGUAUGAGCAUCUCUCAGCAGAAGAACUAGCUAGAAGACAUGAGGAUAAAAUCAAAUCUUAUAAAUAUUCCAAAGGAACAAGACAAGUCAGGAGCUCAUUUGAUCCCUUCCAGUUGAUCCCUUGCUCUGCAUUCAGUGAAGAAAAAAAGGCACCAUUUCAAGUAAAAGUAUCAUGUGAAGCUAUGCUAGUAUUAGACCUGCAUGCACAUGUCUCCAUGGCUGAAGUGAUUGGCUUAUUAGGUGGAAGAUAUACAGAGUCUGAAAGUGUCGUAGAAAUCUGUGCAGUAGAGCCAUGCAACAGCCUCAGCACUGGACUGCAAUGUGAGAUGGACCCUGUCUCACAGACACAAGCAUCAGAGGCACUGGCAUCCAGAGGCUACAGUGUAAUUGGAUGGUACCAUUCACAUCCUGCUUUUGAUCCAAAUCCCUCUAUUCGAGAUAUUGACACUCAGGCAAAAUACCAGAAUUAUUUUUCUCGUGGUGGAGCAAAAUUCUUGGGAAUGAUAAUAAGUCCUUAUAAUCGAAGAAAUCCUCAUCCUCAGUCCCAGGUGGCCUGUCUGAUUAUUAGUGAUGAGCUGAGCAACGAUGGGUCUUACAGAAUACCUUACAAGUUUGAAAUUGAAUACAUGCAAGGAGAGCCACAGUGGGAGCUGGUGUUUGCGAAGACAAGAUGGAUAAUAGAGAAGUACCGAUCAUCUCACAGGGGAAGUAAUCCACAGGGCACAACUCAGCUGGCAACCUUAUAUUGUAGUGUUUCAAUGGAUAAAAGAUUUCGUCAUGAUAGUGAGCUGACUUGUUUACAGAAGCUUUUGAUGUGUAUGAAGAAGACUUUAGGGAACACGGCCUGUCCUCUUAUAACAGAAGAAUUUCUACAUCGUAUAGAGGAAUACUUUCGAACUAGUUACAAAAAAGAAAGCAAUUAUCAGAUUGAAGACAACGAUCCCUGUAAACAACAUUCUGAUACCACAUUUACAAUGGACAGUUUCCAAGAUUACGAACCAAAUGGACGACCGUCUCUUUAGAGUUCCUUUGACUUCAGAAACCCUAAUAUAUUGGUUUGUGAAAAACACAGAAAUGUGCUUUUAGAAAAUAAAAUGCAGAUUAACAUCAAUAGUAAAUCUGUCCCCGCAUUCUGUGAUUCUUUUGCCACUCUGUCAAUUUUGAACUUGUGCUAUUAAAAAGCAGGUUUUAGCAUA